AUGGAAAGCGCUGAGAAAGACAUCGAGCACGAGACAAUUGAACAUGUCAAAUCCGAGUUCUUCCUACCGGAGAUCGACCGAGCUCUAGAAAAGCGGCUUCUAUGGAAGCUAGACAUUCACGUCGUCCCGAUCUUGAUGCUUCUCUUCCUCCUCACCUUCCUUGAUCGGAUUAAUAUCGGAAAUGCUCGACUUCAAGGACUGGAGAAGGACUUGAAUAUGAAGGACCAUGACUAUAAUAUCGCCUUGUUUAUCUUUUUCAUCCCGUAUAUUCUCUUGGAGGUUCCUAGUAACCUUGUUCUGAGGAAGUUUGCACCGUCAUGGUGGCUUAGUGGGAUUAUGUUUGGAUGGGGUAUCAUCACCAUAUGCCAGGGUGUUACUCAAAGUUUUGGUGGAUUGAUAGCGUGUCGCUUCUUGUUGGGUGUUUUUGAAGCCGGGUUCAUGCCCGGGUGUAUCUAUCUGAUUGCGAUGUAUUACAAGCGCUACGAGCUACAAUGGCGACUGAAUGUGUUCUUCAGCGCUAGUAUUCUGGCGGGUGCCGUUAGCGGGUUACUCGCCUAUGCUAUUGCCAAGAUGGAUGGGAUUAAAGGAUAUAGUGGUUGGCGCUGGAUCUUCAUCAUUGAGGGUCUAGCUACUAUUUUGACGGCGGUUAUCUCCAAGUUUUUGAUAGUGGACUGGCCCGAGGAAUCCACUUUUCUCAAUGAUCAGGAGCGGGCUCUACUGCUCCGUCGUCUGUCAGAGGAUCAAGGUGAAGCCAGAAUGGACCGGCUGGAUAGUUCAGCAAGAAAGCGAGUGUUUGGUGAUAUCAAACUUUAUCUUGGACCCUUAAUGUACUUUGGCAUCGUCAAUACCGGCUACGCAACGUCCUUUUUCACACCGACGAUCCUACACCAGCUGGGCUGGACUUCGGUACGGGCACAGGUGAUGAGUAUCCCGAUCUAUCUGGUCGCAACCGUUAUUGCGCUUGCUACUGCAUUCGCCAGUGACAGACUCCGGCACCGCUUCGCCUUUACACUGACAGGAUGCGUCAUUGCUACGAUCGGCUAUGUGAUUUUGAUGUGCCAAAAGUCGGUGCCCGUCGGUGCUCGAUACUUUGCUCUGUAUGCGAUCACCGGUGGCGGGUACAUGACGCAGCCGAUUCUUAUGGGCUGGCUGAGCAAUAACAUGGCUGGCCACUACAAGCAGUCUAUCGCUUCCGCCAUGCAGAUCGGAUUUGGUAAUUGCGGUGGGCUCGUGGCGAGCAAUAUUUUCUUCGAUGAAGAAGCUCCGACGUACCCGACGGGCUUUGGGGUCAGUCUGGGGAUGGUGUGGAUCUGUGGAGUGUCCUGCGUGGUCUUUCUUGCUUGGCUUUACCGGGAGAAUCGACUGCGAGAACAAGGUCAGAGGGAUGAUCGGUAUGGAUUACCACGAGAGGAGCUGGAGAAUCUAGGAGAUGAGCAUCCUAGUUUCAGAUUUACUUAUUAG